UAUGUGAAAGAAUGUUAGGUUAUUAAUAUAACAAUACAUGGUGAACAGUACAGUGUUUUACAGGUGUGAUUGAUACUGGAGAAUUAUAGGCAUGAACAAUACUGGGGUGAUUACUAGUGUGAACAAUACUGGGGGAUUAUAGGCAUGAACAGUACUGGGUGAUUACUGGUGUGAACACUACAGGGUUUUACAGUCUGAUCUGUGUGUUAACAAUGCAGGGGCCAGUUAAUCUCAGUAUUUAUACUUUAAAUCUUAAUGAGGUAAGCAGUCACAGCAGCCAAACUAAGGGAAGGGGGUAGGGGGCCGUGGGCAAGAUGCAUCCCACUGGUUACCAGUUGGAUGGUAACGCAUUCUGUCUCAGUAGCACAUAUUCUCUCUGAUCCCCUCUGAGCUGCUUUAUGGCUGAGAUCCUAGCUAUCUGUAUAAUGGAGCAUUCUGUCCCAGUGGCUGCACAGAUCCUAUCUGAUCCUCGAAGGGAGCAGACGUGUUUGGAGAGAGCUCGUGAUUUUGAGAGAGAACUUGUGAUUUUGACUUACCCAGGCCCUUCUGGGUCUGGGGAGGUUGAUUUCUCAGUUGUUAUUAUUUAUUUAUUUUUGGAAAUGGGUAAGAAGUUGCCCCCAACAGAGGAAGCAGGGGCAAUGAAUACCCGAGCAAGGCUGGGAUCCAGCAGACGUGCAGUAAGCCAGAAAGCUGUAGUUGGUGCAGAAAAGAAAAUGGCUGCUACUGUAAAGAAAGUGAACAAGAAAGGGAAAGUUUUGCCAAAGGAGGAGGAGGUGGAAGAGGUGUCUGUGGAGAGUGAGGAGGAAGAAAAGCUGGAUGAGAUCCCUGAGUCAAGUCUACCUGGGUUUGCGGCAUCUGAGCCCCCUGUGCAACAUGUUGCGGAACUACAAGUCUCUGCAUCUGGAGCUUCAGCAAAGGUUGGUGAAUCCCAAGCUACCUGUGUCCCAGAGAGCACCCCCCAAGGAACAAGCAGGUCCCCCAUAACUAUGGAGGAGGAAAGUCCUGUGGCCAGCGCAGCCUGGAGCCCCUGGUCUGGUAUUUGCAUCAGUCAGGGAGCAGAGGGGAGCGGUGCUUUGCUGGGGGAAAUGGAAGGUACAAGCGGCUGUACUGACACACAAGCAGCUGCUGCUAUGGACAGUGACCCCCAGCUGAGGGAGAAAGCAGGUACCAGCUGCACUGCUGUAAUGGAGGCCGGCCAUGUGCUUGGGAAGGAGGACGCCAUUUUGGAAGCAGAGACAGGCUUGUGCACAGCAAAGGGGAAGCUCCGCCCACCCAGCAAGAACUGCAGAGAGUCCAGCAGAGAGAGUGAGAAAGGAAAGAUUCCAGCAAAGAAUCAGGGAACCCCCCCACAAAUGGCACCGACUGCUGCUGCUUCAGCAGAGGGAGGAAUGGAGGCAAGCAUGGACUGUGGCUACCUGGCAGAGACUGUGGCUUUACAGGUGCUGGAGGAGAAAUCUGCAGCUAAAAUCACGGAGGAGGAGGUAAAGUUGGCGAUAGAGAGUCUGCAGAAUAAGAAAGCUCCAGGUCCGGAUGGCUUAACAUCAGAAUUCUGUAAGACCUUUAAAGAUCUGUUAGCUCCGGCACUUGUUUAGGUGUUUAACUGUUGUUUACAGGAAGGAGACCUCCCGCCAUCUAUGCAGUUUUCCUCUUUGAUUUUGCUGUCGAAAGGUAAGGACGAGAAGCAUAUUGAGAACUGGAGGCCGAUUGCCCUGCUCAAUACAGAUAGAAAGAUUCUCGCAAAGGUUAUUUUCUUUCGUUUAAGUUUAUUUUCAAGCACUUUAUUGUCUGACUGUCAGUUCUGCACGGUGAAGGGGCGGAGCAUUUUUGGAGCUGUCUUUACUAUUAGAGAGGCUCUGGAAUUAUGCAAAGCUCAAAGGUGGGGGAAAUACUUUCUGUGUUUAGAUCAGUCAAAAGCCUUUGAUAGGGUGAAUCACCAGUACCUAUGGGCUGUUUUGUCUAAAUACGGUAUCCCGGGUCAAUUUAUCAGUUGGAUAAAAGUUUUGUACAAAGGGGCAAGAAGCUUCCCACUAAUUAACGGUUGGCAGGGUGAAGACUUCCAGGUUGGGGCAGGAGUAAGACAGGGGUGCCCUCUGAGUCCUUUGCUGUAUGCAUUUGCGUUAGAUCCCUUUCUUAGAUCGCUGCAGGAAGGUAACUUGGAGGGUAUCUGUGCACCCAGUGGUCAGCGCCUGAGGUUGGUGGCCUACGCGGAUGAUGUGACAGUGGUUAUCUCAAAGCCUGAAGAGGUGGAGAGAGUCUCCUGUUGCAUCAGAAGCUACUCAGAGGCCUCAGGGUCUCUAGUCAAUAGUGAAAAGUCGGAAGCUUUGUGGAGUUUGGAGGAUGACCCCAGUUUUGAGUUAAGAACCGUCCCUGUUGCCUCCUCUCAAGUAAAAAUACUAGGGGUUAAAUUUGGGAGAAGAUAAUGCCAGGCUAAAUUGGGAAGAGAAGUUGGAUACCGGUUUGGCAAAAGUUCAGCGUUGGAAAGGGUGGAAGCUGACCUAUAGGGAAAGAGUUAACCUUAUCAAGACUUUUCUGAUCCCGUUGUUUUUUUUAUGUGUCCUGUGUGUUCCCUUUGCCAGAAUCUUUCUAUGCUCGAGUCGUCUAUAGCUUAUUCUUCCAGAUGAUCUGGGGGAAUAGGCUAAACCCAGUCAAAAGAGGGGUAACGUUCCUGCAGAGGAAAGAGGGAGGUUUGGGGAUGGUCUGUCCUGUGACCUUCUUUGGUGUCAUGUUCCUAAAGUUUAACUUUAGGGGUCUGACUCAAGGAACAAGCUCCCUGACGGAAAGUUGUAUCAGGUCUUGGGCAUCGUCUUUUAUCAUGGACUGGCUGCAGGGCGGUAGGGCGAAAGAGGUCCGUGUAAGACAGAGCUAUUUCCCACCACACAUUGCCCAUGCCCUUAAGCUGAUAAAGAGGUGGGACAUUGUGGCAGCAGAAAUAACAUCAACCCCAAGGAAGCAAAUCUAUGCCAGGGUACUAACAUCCUUCUUUACUGUCCCACUGGCUAUAAGAGACUGUACCAGCAAAACCCUGGAGGACAUACUAAAGUAUUUAAACAGCGUGAGACUCCCCCCAAAGCUGUUUGAUAACUCCUGGCUGACACUGCAGGGCAAGUUGUAUGUGCGGGGCAACAUGAAAUAUCUGAGUCAUCUAAGAAAAGAGUGUCCCUGGGGGUGUGGGGUGGAGGAGAGUCAAGAGCACUUUUUGGUGGAUUGUUCGGUGUCAAACAGUUUAUAUGAGGGUGUACUGAAGGUGUUGGGUAUUUAUAAUAUAUGUGCUAAUGACUAUGCAGAAAGAGCCUAUGGGAUCAUUCAUAGGAAGCACCGCUAUAACCAAGAGACUGUAUUUAUUAUACUGUCAAGUCAUUCGAUAUCAUCUGUGGUCUAUCCGAUGUAUGAAAACCUUUGGGAAAGACAAUCAAUCAAUAGACCAAACAAUAAGUAAAAUAUUAAGGGAAAUUGUGUUUAUUAAAGUCAAUGAGAUUCAGAAAAAAAGCUUGAAUGAAAAAAAAUGGUUGAACUUUGAUUUCUCUUGGUCAAAUUCUUUGUAAAUAAUGUACAUAUUGUAAUAUAAUGUAAUUUUGAUAUACUUUGAUUUUGUUAUGCUUUGUAUUGUUUUUUUAUUUUAAAUAAAAAUCCCUAUCAGAUCCACAUUGGAAGCAGCAGUAAUGUAUUACUUUAUGGCAGCUGAGAUUCUAGUUAUCUGUAUAACAGAUCAUUCUCUUCCUGUGGUUGCACAGAUCCAGGGCCACUGUUAGAAAUCAUGGGGCCUUGUACAACAACAUUUUGGGGCCCCACCCCAGAUCCCGCCUACUCCACAUCAGAGUUGAAAGACCACACGGACAUCAGCAU